AUGUUUGCACUAAGAACGGCCACCCGCAGAAACUUUCUUAGGGGAGCGAUCUCCAUAAGGACAUGCAACUUCUCCACCAGCCGUCUUGUACUACAGUCAUUGAGCUCAACAGCAGGGAGUGAGCAGGCUACCUGGCCAUCAGGAUUCCGUUUACUAAGGUCUAGAACAUGGGAAGAAUCCAAAGAGGGAGCUCUUUCUCAGGCUACAAGAUGGUAUUUAAUGUCAGAGAUGUUUAGAGGUAUGUGGAUUGUGCUAGAGAUGUUUUUCAGAGCACCAUACACCAUCUAUUUUCCAUUCGAGAAAGGACCUCUCUCUCCUAGAUAUAGAGGCGAGCAUGCUUUGAGAAGAUAUCCUUCAGGUGAAGAGAGAUGUAUUGCAUGUAAACUUUGUGAAGCCAUUUGCCCGGCUCAAGCAAUUACCAUCGAGGCCGAGGAAAGAGCUGAUGGACAGAGAAGAACAUACAAAUAUGAUAUCGAUAUGACCAAGUGUAUAUAUUGUGGAUUUUGCCAGGAAAGUUGUCCCGUAGACGCUAUCGUCGAAACCCCAAACAACGAGUUUUCCACAGAGACCCACGAGGAGCUUUUAUACAACAAGGAAAAGUUGCUUGCCAACGGUGACAAAUGGGAACAAGAGUACCAGUAUGCUGCCAACGCGGAUGCUCCAUACAGUGUUUCCCGAUCGGAUCUUUUCAAUAGCUCGGACUCUCAAGAGGUAUCCUCUUCAGACGAAGAAAAUCACUCUGCCUAUGAUAUUCCCGGAGGUUUCGACUUUGAUAUUGUGGAUGUAGUCGACGAGAAGAAAGACGAAGCUACGAAGGGAAAAUCGGUAUCGCCGGGAAAUCAAGAUUCGUCCACUGUUGAAUACUUCCCCAUGUUCUCUACCGGUACAUCAAGUAAAGGUUCGAAGAAGGAAGAGAACUUAGUUAAAGUGGAGUUCUCUGAUAAAGAGAAAAUAAUUGAUGACGAGUUUGAAAAGGCUGCAAAAAGCCAGAAGAGAUCAAACUCCUACUAUUUCGCUAGAAGGACACCUGAACAGGCCAAACGCUUUGAGAUGUGUGCCAUCUCCGGUGAUCAAAUCGUUGGUAUGAGUAAGAAUGUGGUUUUCAGCAGUUACAAGUUGACUGAUCUCAAGGCUUACAACCUCAAGAUUGAAAAACAACUGCAUAAAGAAGUAAUCAAACGAAAGAAAAGACCAGGUAAGGCAAAGAGACAGGCUAAUAUCGAAGCGAAAAAACAUAAGAAAGAGCAUGAAAGAGAAGCCAAAGUCAAGGCGAAAGCCAAGGCCAAGGCCGAUGCAAAGAUAUCAAGGAGAAGCUGGCCUGUACAAAAGAAACGUUCUGCAACUACAGCUGGCCAUGAAUCAAGGGAUAGACCAGCAUUUAAAACACGCAGAAAAGGUGAAAUGAAUUUUAGAAAGAAGGCCUACUCAGCGACACCUACUUUCCGAACCGAGUAG